UUGCAGUGGCGUCUCGAGACGUGUCUAUGUAAAAGCGCGUUCACCAUGCGGGUGGCCGUUAUUCAGUCAUUCCUUAUUUAGGCGCGUUGUCAGCGGGACUCCGCGCCCCUGGAUAUCUAAAACCGAGCGAGAAGCAAGGUCGCUUAAUGAUCUGCCCACUGACUUUUCCACCGCUUUCUCAGGUUCGCCGAUGUUGCUUUAUUUGGAAAUCCCGGAAGCGCCCGGCUCUCGCGCAGUGACUGGCAGGGGGGCACGAGCUGCGGCACGAACAGACCCUUCUGGCUGCGGUUCGAGAUUUCAAAAUUCGCUCAUCAUAAGGGAAUCUCAGUUUUGCAGGCUGCUCUGAGAGAUGGAGGCUUUGGUGCAGAGACUGGAGCAGGCUGUGACACGCCUGGAGAGCAUGUCCAUCAAGAUGCAGACCCCGGGAGGGGGCGUGGCCAAUGGAGACAUAACCAAUGGAAUCAAUGGUGUAAGCCGGUGUGUGGAGGCGUUUGACCUGCUGCUGGAGGGCCCAGUGUCGGACUACCUGCGGACGAGCCAAGCCAUCGGAGAGGACGUGGAGAAGCACGCAGAGAUGGUGAAGACUGCUCUAAAAGUACAGAGGAACUUCAUCAAGAUGGCGAGCACACACCAGCAGCCUGCACAGGCGGAGAUGUCAGCCCUGCUGAAGCCCAUCUCGGAUCAGAUCCAGCAGGUGCAGCGUUUCCGCGAGCAGCACCGCGGGAGCCUGCUGUUCAACCACCUCUCGGCCGUCAGCGAGAGCAUCCCGGCGCUGGGCUGGGUCACCGUGUGCAUGAAGCCAGGGCCAUAUGUGAAAGAAAUGAACGAUGCCGCCAUGUUCUACACUAACCGCGUCCUGAAGGACUACAAAGAGACAGAUAAGCGGCAUGUCGACUGGGUUCGGUCCUACCUGAACAUCUGGACAGAGAUGCAAGCCUACAUAAAGCAGCAUCACACCACAGGCCUGGCCUGGAGCCAAACUGGUCCAAAGGCUCCCUCCUCCCUGCCCGACCCUUGCCCUCCCAUGGCCCCGCCCCCUCCGCCCCCGCCCCCCCCUCCGAGCGCAGACCAGCAGCCCAAACCUGACAGCAGCGCCUUGCACUCAGCCCUCUUCGCCCAGCUCAACCAGGGAGAGGACAUCACCAGAGGCCUGAAGCACGUCUCUGAAGCCCAGAAGACCCAUAAGAACCCGGGCCUGCGCUCCCAGAGCGGCACCCCCCCCCCACAGCCGCACAUGGCCACGCCCCCAAGCCCGCGGCCACGCCCCCCCCACAGCCGCACCCCGCUGCUGGAGCUGGAGGGGAAGAAGUGGCGGGUGGAGUACCAGAACCAGGCCCCGGACCUGCUGAUCUCCGACACCGAGCUCCGGCAGGUGGCCUACGUCUUCAGCUGCGCCAACUCCACCCUGCAGAUCAAGGGCAAAGUCAACUCCAUCAUUCUGGAUAACUGUAAGAAAAUGGGUGUGGUGUUUGACAGCGUGGUGGGCAUCGUGGAGAUCAUCAACUGCAAAGACAUAAAGCUCCAGGUGAUGGGGACAGUGCCCACCAUCUCCAUCAACAAGACGGACGGCUGCCACGUGUACCUCAGCCAGGACGCGCUCAACUGCGAGAUCAUCAGCGCCAAGAGCUCCGAGAUGAACAUCCUGCUCCCGCAAGGAGACGACUACAGAGAGUUCCCCGUUCCAGAGCAGUUCAAGACGGUGUGGGACGGAUCCAGACUAGUGUCGGAGCCCACCGAGAUCGCUGGCUGAUGGCUUCCUCCUCCUCUUCCUCCACCUCCUCCUCACACAGCAGUCUCACACAUUCACUCAGAAAUAACAGUAAUACUACAGUAACUCUUCAUCGGAGUCCUCCUCACCAUAGCCACUGUGUUAGUGGGAGCACCAGCCUGAUAUAACCCAAGACUCUUUCUGCAGCUCUUUAAAACAGUUCCUUCACACACACACACACACACACCUACAGACACACCCUUGUUGUGAGGACCGUAUGUGACGUGUGUAAAUGUAGGUGUGUUCAUGUGACUCGCGCCGCGGUUUUUCUAGGGCUAAUUCUGUGAUUUCUCUCGAAUGAAUUCCUCCUUAAAUGGCAAAAGUGGAAUAACCACAAACUUACAUAUUUAUCAUCCGUGCCAUAGCCAUAACUCUGUCUCACUCACUCACACACGUGCACACAUCAAACACACACAGACACACACAGCUACAGCAUUUGUGUGUAAGCUUCACAGGGAAUGUAAACAAUGUCUCACACGCUCUUGGUUCUUGUGUGCCGUUAAGCUUUUGCACAAGUCUCCCCACCCCUUCAAUGUCAUAUUAACACGCAGAGUGUAGAGCAUCACAGGAAGUGUAGUUUCACACUAAUAGUGUAUCACAAUAACUAUAGUGUAUAUACACCAAUAGUGUAUAACAGUAACUAGCUUUAGGCUAAUAGUGCGGAAUAUCACAGUAACUGUAGUUCCACGUCAAGCAUCACGUCAGUGUAGGUUCACACUAGUCGUGCAUCAGUAACUAGUUUCACACUAAUGUAAAGUAUCACAGUAACUGUAGUUCCAUGUCAAGCAUCACGUCAGUGUAGGUUCACACUAGUCGUGCAUCAGUAACUAGUUUCACACUAAUGUAAAGUAUCACAGUAACUGUAGUUCCACGUCAAGCAUCACGUCAGUGUAGGUUCACACUAGUCGUGCAUCAGUAACUAGUUUCACACUAAUGUAAAGUAUCACAGUAACUGUAGUUCCACGUCAAGCAUCACGUCAGUGUAGGUUCACACUAGUCGUGUAUCAGUAACUAGUUUCACACUAAUGUAAAGUAUCACAGUAACUGUAGUUUCACACUAAUAGAGCAUCACAGUAACUGUAGUUUAACACUAGUAGUGUAAAAUAUCACUGUGUAAUAACGUAGAAAGAAGAGACUGUAGGUUUAAGGUUGUGUCUGUCUCAGUGCAGUUGCGCUGUACUAUGGGGAGAUGUACACUGGGAAACCGUUCUUUUCUCGAAAGGUUCUCAUUGGUCCCGUGUCAGUCAUCGCUGAGGUGUGAUUGGUCCUGUGUCAGUCAUUGCUGAGCUGUGACUGGUCCUGUGUCAGUCAUCGCUGAGGUGUAAUUUUUCAGGCUCGACACCGCGAGAGUUUGCUGCCACCAAUAAUGUCAAAGGGGGGAUUAGAAACAAGUGCAUUUUAAAUAUCGCAAUGAAUUUGUUUAUUGGACAUUUUUCAAAAUAAAAUGAAUAUGAUUCAG